AUGGCCGUGGGCAUGCACCUCCGCGGUAUCAUAUCGAAGGAGCCGGGCUGGGACGCUUUCGUGAAGGGGAGGAACAGUCGUCUGAAGAUGGCGCAACAGCUGGAGCAGUACCGUUACGUGAAGAGCAAGUUUGACGAAUACGUGGGCACGAAGACGCCUGCGGACUUGACGGGUGCCGCAGGGGUGGUGAUCACCAAGGCGCAAGUGAUGAAGGCGUUCAACUUGCCCGUGACGUGGGCUGAGGAAGGACUCGAGGUGCUGGCGCUGACUGGGAUGUACGGUCCCAACGGAAAACGGUCCGAAGACCCGAGAGUAGUCACGAUGCUCGAUGAAGUGCCGCCGACAACAACUGGUAUUCAGCUCAAGAAGUACCUCGUGCUAUUGAGGAGAUACACAGUCGCUGGACGAUUGAACAUCCGGAUUUCUAAAUAG